AAGUUGAUAUCUUUAAUUAUGUUGUGAAGUUUCCCCGGGAUGAACCCCAAUGAUGUAGAUGACUGUUUACAAUGUAUCUUACUGUUUGUGUUCAGACAGUCUAACAUUUUUCAUUUGUGCAAAGUGUUUGAUUGGUUUUCUAUCUGACUGACAUUUUUGAGGGAUAUUAAUAAUCAGUGGAUCAUGGAUGCUAUGCUGAAAUCUCUUUACUUUGAUCUCAAACAGAUGAUGGUGGAUGUUUUACCAACAGAAGUUGCAGAUUUGAGCUCACUGCGAUCAUGUCCGGAGUCUGACUCGGACAGUGACGACAUUUUCAAUGGAAUCUCCCUUAUGUCCAGUGAGGAUAUUGAUGUGGCAAGCAUGGACAGAAUCGACCCCGGUCCCUCAGUGAUUGUGAUACCUGAGCCUGGAAUUCUGUCUGACCUAAUCAGUGAAAGACUUCAUGCCCUGGCUGAUGAUUACAGUGAGGAACCAUCUCUUGACCAAUGUGCCAAAUUCUACCAGGAGUACAGGGAAGACGUCGUAGCCAAUGAACGUCUUCUCUCCGACUCAUCUGACAGCAUGGACACAGAUGAGGAAGAGUAUGUCCAGCGAAGGAAACUCAAAAAACGUGUCCGAUGGAAAUCAAAUAUUUCAGUGGAUGCUUGUGAACAGCAGACCAAGAGCAAUGGCAGGCAAGAGGCAGCAGAGGCGUUAUUGUGCAUGGAGUCCCCAACCUCAGAGAACAAAACUUUUCUUCAAGGGAUCUGCCAGCCACAGCAUGCAUCCUUACCCCCCAGCCCUGACAGUGGAUAUUCAGAUGACUACUCAGAUGAAAAACUCAAAUUCAGCACAUACUUGGGCCACACUUCUCAACAGUCACCACCCAUUGUGGCACCACCCUCAGCAUUUAUUCCCCCAUACUGUCAGCUGGCACUUCAGCCACCACCCGCUCAUCAGCCCCUUCCAGCUCAUUUCAACUCUGCCACACACAUCGCCAUGAGGCCAGAACAUAACCUGUACCCAUCAUCAAGUCCACUGUUAGCAUCUCCACGUAUCCCCUCGCACAGCGAAACGUGCCACACCCCCACAACGAACUCCCCACCCUCAUCACCCAUUCGACAUAAAAGCAAGAAAGGAAGGAAACCUAAAAAUCCAUUGGAAUGUCCCAUCAAUCAGCCAAAAAGGAAGCGAGAAAGUUCCACAACAUAUCUCUGGGAAUUCCUGCUACAGCUACUACAGAACAGGGAAACCUGCCCCAGAUACAUCAAAUGGACCAACCGCGAAAAGGGAAUCUUCAAACUGGUCGAUUCGAAGGCUGUCUCCAAACUCUGGGGUCUCCACAAGAACAAACCUGAUAUGAACUACGAAACAAUGGGUAGAGCCUUACGGUAUUACUAUGCUCGAGGGAUUCUUAAUAAAGUGGAUGGACAGCGCCUAGUUUAUCAAUUUGCUGAGGUUCCUAAAGCUAUCUUGGAGAUCGAUUGUUCAAAUGUGUGAAGAAAACAAAACAUUCCAUAUGGACAAGAUUUCUCCAAUGUGCUCCAGUCAUGUUGGGUUAAGAAUAAGUGAUAUAGGCCAUAGUUUUCUGGUUUGAGACUGUACCAUUGUAUAGCCAGAAGCCUGGUGCUAUCCUAUCCCGAGUUGAAGCUUGGAGUCAUUCUGUAUCUCAGGUGUCCUAUCUAUCGGGUUUCUCCCCAUGAUGCUAGUCUGUGAAGCAGGAUUCAAGUCAACGAACUAAACAAUGAUGGUUUCCUGGAGAGGUGUCUUGUAACAGACAUACUUCUGCUGUGACCAAGUCUGCUGGGUUUUAUCCAGUCUUGUGUGAAAUGGACACACAGAGACCUACUCUACAAUCCUAGUAGAACUGUUCCCUAGCUGUGUGAUACUGUGAAUUCCAAGUGUGUAGACUGAGUGUGCCAUAUUGUCCUAUUGUAUGAGAGGUAGCAUGUCUAUGUAUGAUUGACAUUCUCUGGACCAAAUCUGUUCCCAGUUCACUGUGUGAUCCUGUGUUUGUCCAGUGUGUUGCUUUGUCACAGCAUCUAAAUCAUAAUGAAGAUAUGAUGAGAGAAGCAAAGGCUUAGCUUUAAUUGAUGUUUGUACAUACUAAUGAUUGUACCCCUUAUUUCUUGGUUUAUGAGAUGUUUUGGUGUGUUUAUAUAUGUAGAGCCGCCACUGGACAUGAACAGGACGUACCUUACAUUCCUUACUCUGACCACUGUACCUUCCAAUUUUUUGUCUGUUAUAUCUUUUUGUUAUCUGUUAACUGAUUGGAUACUGACAAGAGCAGGGCAUUCUGGGUUUUAGCACACAUUUUACAAUGAGGAUAGAUAUUAGAUAGUGUUAUUUUAUAAACGAACUGUAUUUUAAUGUACAAAUCUACAUCAGGCAUUAUUGAUGUAAAGGCUUGUAAUGCAUGUGCCUCUAAACUGAGAUUCCUAUUUUUAUACUGUUUAUGGAUGGUUUUUGGGCCAUCUUUGUUUGUUACCUAUCAGGAGAUCUGUGUAUUUAUCAACUAAAUUGUCUUUGUACUACAGUACAUUGUUUUUACAUCAUAUUAUUUUAAAUUCAGAACAAUAAUAUUAUUGAGAAAUUAUCAACUUGGCUAUCUAUGAUUUAUUUGCUUUACCACACACUGUAAAAUGUCAGGGAUAAUAUCAUUGGAAUGUGAUAAUAUGUCUGACAAAUAUUGUGCAGACUGUUCUUAAAAUGUAGAUCAUCAAGAUUUUAUUAAAGAUCAACAUCAGUAAGACUGUAGUCUACAAACUAACUACUAAAAGUGCAAUUUCAUAAAAGGGAUGUUUUUGAGUUGUCAGCUUUUGUAACUAUGCUAACAGAACAUUAUGUAAGAUUUAAGUGUGGUACUCUGAAAUCCAUUUCCUUUCCUGGCAUAUCUAGUUCAUUUUCCAGUGCCUUACUUUUAACAAUCAAUAGUACUGGUCUUCUGUGAGUACUAGUAUACAUGGAACCCACACAAUCAAUAUCCCUUAUUCGCAUUUAAAUAAAAAAAAGCAAAAUGCUCUAUUAAUACAAACAACACCUGACUUCUUUAAAUAUUUCUGUAGUUUUACAUGAAAUUUGAUAUUGCAAUGAACCAAAUAGAAUAUUUCCCAAAGUUUUAAAUGAAAUAAUUUUCUGUUGGACUACAGUGAAAGAUCUUUACCAAAGAAUGGAAGCCAACAAGUUUGAUAAAGUGGGUUUGGCAGCCGUAAAUUGUUGCUCAAUAUUCAGACUUGUCGGACAGGACCAGUCUGUUUUGUUGUAACUGUGUGAUCUGUUCUUAUGUCAGUUAUCUAUUAAAAUUUCCUGUUUUACCUGA